UUUGAUGUGUAGUGAAUGUAUUUUAUACAUAUAGGUCUAACGAACAAAUCAUCAGAAGAUCAGAAGACAGAACUAGAGAUCCCUGGAUUGAAACCAGCAAAUCCAGCUGUUUUACCAGCACCGCAGAAAGCAGAUGCCAACUACCCAGAGCUUUCACCUCAGAAACAUUCAAAGCCUCCUCACGUCCGACGUGGUCCUCCUAAUCUGCAGAUCAGACCGCCACGGAGAGAUGCAAGGGUAAAGGCCCAAGAUGUUGCUGGCAAGACUGAGGAAGAACCUGGCCAGGCUGAUAAAGAAGAGAAAACAGAAAAGUCCAUUAUUAGGUAGGUAGAAAUAUUUCCAAGAAUUUACAAUUUGC